CACCAAUGAAAAUCUAAGGAGGCCCAGUAGGGGCACUCGUACGUAAACCGAAGCCAUGAUUUUUGAGAAACAAAGAAUACUUGAAAAUGAACUACAUUGGUCUAUAAAUGCGAGCUAUAAACUUUAUUCCUUUCCUGGUGGGAAUUACUCUCUCUACAUAAAUUGGUUUUCAAAAUUAUCAAGGUCCAAGAUUCACAAAAAGAUGAUCCCAGUCACCACUAUUAGUAUUAAAGACAUGCACGUACCAAAUUUAAAUAGAAAGAGUAAGAAAAUAUCUUCCUUCUUCGCAGCUUGUUGACCAAAGGAAGUACAAAAGAUGUAUCUAAAAUCCCAACUUUCUUGGAACUCAAUGCUAGUUUAUUUUCCCCAAAUACUUAAAAUUAACUCAAAUGUGACCGAAGAAUUAUCACUUUGAAGCUUUAACAUAAGCGACAAACAUCUGAAGGCUAUUCUGGCUGCUUUCAGGCAUCUCAAGGUCAUCGAUUUCAGUUUUUCUAUAUUACGAGUUCUUCAGGUUUCUGAUUACCCUCUUGUGCUGAAAAAUUCGAGAAUUGAGGGUUUGAGGUUUGACAACUGCCAUGGGUUACAUUUAAUAAAAGGGAAUGAAGGUAUUAGUGCUUUUGAAAAUCUUAUCUGAGGCUUAGCUUCUUCGGAGGAUUUUAAGAGAAGUGUCAGUUGGUUUUCGUUUAAAUGCCUGGUUCUUGCGGAUGAGUAUGUCCAGGCAGUGCUUUCUCAAAAUGGAUUCGGAGGUUGAGAUAUCCAGGAGUAGUGUGGUGAGUGUUUGGAAGUGUGAUUUUAACUCUUUUGUUCAUUUCAAU